AUGGAGUCAGGCAGCAAUGUCAACGCAGCGAUGGAGAAGGACCCCGAUCGCUACCAGGAGGCCAUGGGCAAUGGGGUGGCAGCUGAUGGACUGGUGGCGGGAGCUGGUGACGUGCCUAUUCUGGAUGUGGGGGAGGCGCAGCUGGAUGACUUUGUGGGUGCCAACCCCGACUAUAACGAGGAGGAGGAGGAGCGCAAGUACUUCCGCCGCAAGCGCCUCGCCGUCAUCAAAAACGUGCUGGCCGCCAGCCUGGGCGGGAUGCUGACCUAUGGAGUCUACCUGGGCCUGCUGCAGAUGCAGCUGAUCCUGCACUACGAUGAGACGUACCGGGAGGUGAAAUACAGCAACAUGGGGCUGCAGGACAUCGACAGCAAGAUGCUGAUGGGCAUCAACGUCACCCCCAUCGUGGCUCUGCUCUACACGCCCGUCCUCAUCAGGUUCUUCGGCACCAAGUGGACCAUGUUUCUGGCCGUGGGGAUCUACGCCCUCUUCGUCUCCACCAACUACUGGGAGCGCUACUACACGCUGGUGCCCUCGGCCGUGGCCAUCGGUGUGGCCAUUGUACCCCUCUGGGCCUCCCUGGGCAACUACGUCACCCGGAUGGCACAGAAGUACUACGAAUAUGUGAACUACAAGGAGGAGCAUGUGCUGGAGCAGCAGCGUGCCCCACGUGGUGCCUACAACACCUACAUCAUCACCUUCCAGAGCCUCUUCUAUGGCUGCUUCCACCUGAGCUUCGUCUGCGCCCAGAUGCCCAUGCUUUUCUUCCUGAAUUCGUACCUGUAUGACCUGAACCACACACUCUGCAAUGUGAAGAACUGCGGCACGCUGAGCAAAGGCAUGCUCCCCGGCUUCAACGCCACCGUGCUGCAGAGCCUGCCGCGCAGCAUCAACCUCAUCAUCGUCGAGAGCGUGCUCAUGGGCGCAGCCUUCCUCUCCAUGCUCAUGGUGCUGAUCCUGUGUGGCUCAGCCUAUCGCCCCACGGAGGAAAUCGACCUGCGCAGCAUCGGCUGGGGCAACAUCUUCCAGCAGCCCUUCAAGCACAUGCGGGACUAUCGCCUGCGCCACCUCUUCCCCUUCUUCAUCUACAGCGGCUUCGAGGUGCUCUUCGUCUGCACCGGCUUCUCCCUGAAUUACGCUGUCUGUGCCAUUGGCCUGGAGAAGCUGGCCUACAUCAUCAUGGCCUACGGCUUCUCAGCUGCGGCCUGCUCCAGCCUGACGCUGUCCAUGCUGCGCCUGCCCCGCCAGGCCCCACUGUUGGCCGGAGCUGCCGUCCAUGCCAUCCUGCUCAUCGGCCUGUUCUGCUGGGCGCCCAAGCCACGUGGCCCAGACCAAGCCCCCCUGCUCUACCUGGUGGCUGUGCUCUGGGGGCUGGGCAGCGCCCUGAACAAGACCAGCCUCAGCACGCUCCUGGGAAUGCUGUACCAAGACAAGGAGCGCCAGGACUUCGUCUUCACCAUCUACCACUGGUGGCAGGCGCUGGCCAUCUUUGUGGUGUACCUGUGGUCGGGGCUGCCCAUGAAGGCCAAGCUGUCCAUCAUGCUGCUGACCCUGGUGGCCUCGGUGCUCUCCUAUCUGUGGAUGGAGCACAAGCUGGCACGGCACGUGCUCUACCGCGUGCCCAAGAUCCCCAAGCCGCGGCACAAGGUGCGGGGCUACCGCUACCUGGAGGCCGAGAACUCGGACGAAACGGGCUCGGAGGGGGAGUCUGAGCAGGACAGCGACGGGUCCCGGGAGGAGCGGGCAGGGCCCGGCGGGCAGCGGCGCCAGCAGAAGUGUGCUUACGAGCAGGCACUGGGGGAGGAGGAUGGAGAGAACGUGGGCUAG